AUGGCAUCUCCUCCUAGAAAUCCUCUUCCAGCCGCCGUUGGUGAUGUCCACAACAAUGCUACAGGACCUGAACCAGCAGACCCAAAUCUGGUCAUCAUCGUUCAUCCUGUCAACCUUGAAGCUGUACCAAUCAGUUACAUUGAGCCCGGAGACGAGCUGAAUUCGAUCGACCCAGACAACUUCGAGUUCGUGGGUCCCUCUUCCACUACCGGAAGAUUUCCAACUCGCCGGUCCAAGCGCAUGAAUCCCUUCCCAGAUCUGAACACUGCUGGGUCACAACGCCGGAGGGGAGGUAACUCUCCCAGAAGAGGAGGCAGAGAUGGAAGAAGAGGUGGCAGAGGUGGCCGUACUCCAGUUAGGCCAAAUCCUCCAAGAGGUCUCCAUUUGGUUGAUGAAGACACAGAUGAUGAAGAAGGAGAUCCUACCUUUGCAGAACCAGAGGCCCAAGCUCUAUCCUCCAGCUCCUCCGAGUCAUCAUCCAAGGACUCACCUCCCCCAGUAUCAACUCAGGGGGAGACAUCUCAGCCUAACAUGGCAGCAACAGCCUCUCAACAUCCUGUUUCUGAAGGUGUUGCUGCCCAUGUUCCUGAAGAUGCUGCUGCACCCACUGUCUCAACAAAUGUCCCUCAGAGUGCUGCUGAGGAUGCUGCUCCUUAUCAGGAUGAAGAAAUGCCUGAUUUUUCUGGGAUGUCCUCUGCCGAGCAUGUUGACAUUCCCACUGUUGAUGCUCAGGAUUUCACUACUACUGAAGAAACACCAUCAGCACCACAUGCAGACCCUCUAGAAACUCUGGCAGAAGCAGCAGUUCAAGUGGAUGUAUCCCCUCCUCAGGCUGAAGAACCAGAGAAAAGUGAUGACAGCUGGGAGAAGGAAGAAGAUGCUGCCCCACCUGUUGCAUCACCUGAACCAGCAUACAUUCCAGAUGAGCUUGAAGACUCAGAAGAUGAGGACUCCUCAGAAGAAGAAGAGCCAGACUUGGAUGGGAAGGAUUUGUCAACUCCUUUUGAGGUAAACAAUGCUUUCAGUCCUACUUUUUAUUUUGAAUCUGAUUCAAAUUUGAGCCCUCAAAUCAUGAAUUGCCAAUUCAUUGAGGAAAAGAAAAUUUCCAAGGAAGAGUUUGAUAGACAUAGGAUCACUGUUUUUCUUCAUCAAAGAAAAAUCCUCAGCCUAGUUGAGGUUGCCUGUUCUUAUGAUCCCACUGUUGUGAAGGAAUUUUAUGCCAAUUUGCAAACCUCCUUUUUAAAGAAAAACUCUCCAAACUUUGGCAAAGUUUAUCUUACUCACUCUCUAACUCAGAUUACUUAUCACCAGUCCAUGGUGGACAUGCUCCAAAAAGCUCUUUCUGAUCAAAAAGAGGAGAAAAGGCUAGUCAUGAAGUUGAAGCAGGGACUUCUCACCCUUUGGAUGCCAGAGGCAGAGAGCAAGGAGUCAGUGAAGAAGGAGCAAAGAAUGAAGGAGAAGUUCAAGGAGCAGAGGAAAGCAGUGGAUCCAGUGCUGAUGAUGGAGGAGCAGCAGCUGAUACUGAGGAGACUUUGGAUAUUCUACUUUAAUUAUUUUUAUGAACAUUGUUGA